AUGGCAGACUCUGAUGACCCGAAUACUUCCGGCGACACGUCCAACCUCUCUGACUCUAUCCUUGAAUUGACUACAAGGAUGACUGAGGUUUUGAAUAACGCUCGGACCCCGGCCAUCACCACUGAAACAUCCGUUGCUUCGAUUGGCAUUAAGUUGGAUGGCUCUAACUAUGCAUUGUGGUCCCAGGUUGUCGAGAUGUAUAUCUCUGGCAAGGACAAACUGGGGUACAUUAAUGGCGACUUUCCUCAAUCGUCAUCUACUGAUCCUUCCUUUUGCAAGUGGCGCACGGAUAAUACCAUUGUUAAAGGUUGGUUAAUUACUUCCAUGGAUCCGUCUUUAAUUGGCAAUUUUAUUCGCUUUCCUACGGCACGAGAGGUUUGGGAUUCCAUUGCAACUACCUUUUUUGAUGGCAGUGAUACAUCACAGGUGUAUGAUCUUAAACGCCGUGUGACUAGACUUAAACAAGCUGCGGUAUCACUGGAAAAAUAUUACAUGGUAUUGCAAGGUCUAUGGCGUGAAAUUGAUUUUUGCCGACCGAAUCCUAUGGAAUGUUCUGUUGAUAUUCAGCACUAUAACCGGAUUGUCCGGGAAGAUUGUGUUUAUAUUUUUCUGGAUGGUCUUGAUGAUCGGCUAGACAAUAUACGUGCUGAUGUUUUACAAAUAAAACCAUUUCCUAUGGUUGAACAAGCAUAUGCGCAUGUGAGACGGGAGGCUAUUCGACAACAGGUUAUGAAUAUCCAUGACACCGAUGGGCUCCAGGGGGCUGUCUUGGCUUCGAAGGCUCUCACGCUAAGCACCUCUGCCCAUGGUAAAACUGCCAAGAACCGAAAUUCCACUGACGGGAAAAAAUGCUCUCAUUGUGGUAAUCAGAAACACACACGUGAAACCUGUUUUAAGUUGCAUGGGUACCCUGAUUGGUGGCAUGAUCUUCAAGCCCGUAAAUGUCCUGAUGGCACAGGCACGAGUGGAAGUUCAGGCACAGCUACUGUUGCUAGUGCAGAGCCGCAUCUCUCCCUUAUACAAUCGCCUGCAAUGUCCACAGAUUCUCCUCCCAACUUCAACUCAGGUAUCUCUGGCCUUGCUCUUUUUACCUCCUAUAGAGAUGCGGAUUGUACUGCAUAG